AUGGGAAAAGCAAUCAGUGAUGAGAUGCAGGCAUUCCUCGUGUUAACGUUGCUACCAUCCACUACCAUAUGGGACACAUUCACAACCUCGUUGCUCCAAGCACUCCCUGCUGCCUCAACACUUACCUUCGAAGCCAUCUCCACACGACUGCUCUCACAAUCCUUGCUUAUCAAAGGGAGCUCAGCACCUUCAGAAUCUUCAUCUGCACUCACUGCUGAUGUGCGCACCAGUGCGAACACAAAUCGUGACCAAGGCAAAUACUGCGACUACCAUGAGUCGCAUGGUCAUGCUACGAAAUACUGCCGAGACUUGAAGGACUUGAGGAAGGAGCGAAAGAAGAGGAAGCAGAAACCGUGGGAAUGA